AUGUCAAACGACAUAGAAAUGGAUAUCCCACCGCCCCAUCGUUAUGCGCAUACCCGCGAAAAUCGAACCAUCACACCAGGCGUCGACAACCUCGGCCCCAGCUCACCAGGCGGCGGAAUCAGUGGAAUCGCUCUAGGAAUUGCCAAUACACACAGUCGCCAGAGCGGGAUUGACGCAUCUCGAGGAAACGACGGAUACAUCGGGCCCGCAGAGCGCGAUUUUAACACAACCGGCUCAGACACUCCAUACGUACCCUCACCAGGCUAUCCAAACGACCAGUUUCAUCCGGAACAUCUCCACGCUAUGAAUAUGGCGAGGGGCGGCGCCGUCGCUUCCCCCGGUAUGCAGACUCCCAGUCAGUCGUCGUCGCAUCUGAGCGAUCCUGCACACAGCACAUACCAAUACCCCGCGCCCUAUGCGGGUAUCACCGACGGACCUUAUCAGCGACACUCGACGGCGUACAGUAAUGGCGAGAUGACGAAUAUUAACCCUGACGACAUCGCCGAUGAUGGUGAUGAAGACUUUGCUCCGAGAAAUAAAGCUGCGCCUGUUGCGGGCGCGGCUGCUGGUGCCGCUGGUGGUGGUCUGCUGAAAGGUUUCCUUGGUCGGGAGAAGAAUGCUGAUGUUGCGUACAAUUCAGUUCCUGGUGGUGGGUUGGAGGGAGGUGGCGGAUCGGGGAGAUCACCAAAUAAUGGAUUGGAGGGACGCAAGAAGAUGGGCUGGAUUGUCGGUCUUGUUCUUGCGUUUGUGAUUGUGGGUGCGAUCGUUGGUGGUGCUGUGGGUGGUACUAUUGGUUCCCGGCAUAAGGAGGACAAGUCCAAGACCGGCGGGGAAGAAACUGCCACCGGUGAUGCGAAGACAAAUGGAGAUCUCGACAAGGAUUCCUCCGAGAUCAAGGCUCUGAUGGGAAAUAAGGAUCUCCACAAGGUCUUCCCUGGAAUGGACUACACGCCCUGGGGCGUGCAGUACCCGGAGUGCAUCAAGUGGCCUCCGUCGCAGAACAAUGUCACCCGUGACAUGGCUGUUCUGUCGCAGUUGACUAACACGGUGCGGCUUUACGGUACGGACUGUAACCAGACUGAAAUGGUUCUUCAUGCGAUCGAUCGUCUCGAGCUGAAGGAUAUCAAACUUUGGCUUGGUGUGUGGAUCGACUCGAACACUACCUCUACCGAACGACAGAUCAAACACCUCUACAAACUUCUCGAUGAUACUAAGGAUACGUCUAUCUACAAGGGUAUCAUUGUCGGAAACGAAGCCCUCUACCGCGCCGGCUCGAGCAAGGCAUCCGCCCAGACUACCUUGAUCUCGUACAUCAAAGAUGUCACGAGCGAGGUUAAGAAGCGCAAUCUGAAUGAUUUGCUGAUCGCCACUUCCGACCUGGGUGACAAUUGGAAUGCAGAGUUAGUGGAUGAAGUGGAUGUCGUCAUGUCCAACGUCCAUCCCUUCUUCGCCGGUGUCAACGUCGACAUUGCUGUUGGGUGGACAUAUGAUUUCUGGCAAAGCCAUGACGUCGUCUUGACCAAGGGCACGAACAAGAAGCAGAUCAUCUCAGAGGUCGGGUGGCCUAGCGGCGGCGGCAAGGAUUGCGGUGAUAGCAAGGUCUGCGACGAAGACACGCCUGGUUCUGUCGCCAGUAUCGAGAACAUGAACAAAUUCAUGGCUGACUGGAUCUGUCCGGCGCUGGAAAAUGGAACUGAUUAUUUCUGGUUCGAGGCUUUCGACGAACCAUGGAAAAUCCAGUUCAAUACAGAAGGAAAGGAAUGGGAGGAUAAAUGGGGUCUGAUGGACCCUGGACGCAAGCUUAAGAAGGGUCUCAAGAUCCCUGACUGCGGCGGCAAGACUGCCUCUUAA